UCAUCAUCAACACCUGCAUCACAACCAUUGCCAUUACUGACCAUCAUCUUCACCAUUAUCUUCAUCAUCAUAAUGAUCAUUAUUACUAUCAUUUUUAUUAUUUUUAUCAAGGCUGGAAUAUAUUACAGGUCCGCUAGUAUGAAUCCUAACCUGGUACUUACCUUGGCUGAUCUGGUGACAGGUAGUAACUAUGGAGUACAAGGAAGUUGGUUAUUCGAAGUCUCAGAAACAUUUCGUGAGAUAGGAAAAGUUCUAUGUGAACCGACCAACCCUUGUCUCAAUGAAGGAACAUGUGAGAACGAUACAUGCGUUUGCGCCGAGGGUUUCAGCGGAAACUUCUGUCAUUUAGAUGGAUGUGAUAACCGUUGUCUCAAUGGAGAGAGCUGUGAGCAAGGCAAUUGCACAUGUCCAGCAGGAUUCGGUGGCGAUUUUUGUCAAGAUAAACUGACAUUUGUUGAGUGUGGAAGUACUUCAAUGACCGUCAACAUAGAUGAACGGCUAGUCCCAGGUGAAGCAUCUGCUGUUCAUUUUAAAGACCGAUCCUGCUCCGGUGUAAAGAACGAUAGCACUAAUGAGAUCACUCUCACUACAGAAUACAAUCAAUGUGGCACCAUCAUUGAGGAGGAUAACACAACAAUUACCUUCGUCAAUGUUAUCACUUACGCCAAGCCUGGCUCGGACGACGAUACUGUAAUUACCCGUGAAUAUCACAUGCAGGUUAAGGUUGCAUGUUGCCUCGAGAAAGAGGCAAUCAUCAGUGGAUCCUUCAGACCACAGCUUGGUGAGGUGUCCUUCAGCGACAAGGGCUCUGGUGACUUCAGUCUGAGCCUGCAAAGAUUCCUGACAAAUGCUUUUGUUGAGCUGAAUUCGGACGCCACCACUGUCUUGCAAGGAGAUGACCUCUACUUUGCUGUGACUCUUGAGUCAGUAUCAGGUCUAAUUGGUAUGUUUAUUGAUCGCUGCUGGGCGACAACCACUCAAGACAUGGAUUCUGCUGGUCAACACUCUCUAAUUGCUCAAGGUUGCCCAGAUGAAUACACAGUUAAAGUCUAUCCUCUCAUUGAAUUGAAUGAAGAACGCUUUUCCUUUAAGGCAUUUGCCUUUGUUGGGGAUUACACCGAGGUGUACAUUCACUGUUCAGUGAAGGUCUGUGGUGCUGUGGAAGCUCAAUUGCUUCGAGACGCAGAAUGCCCCGCAGACAUUGAACCUCCAACUACAUCCCGCAAACGUCGAUCUUCGUCCGUUAUGUCCACUCAGACCAUCAGUAAUGGUCCGAUUCGCAUCCGUCGCUCAACCAGCGAUAUGGCUACUAAUGUGACCACAGAUUUGGCUUCCUUCAACCCUUUUGCGAUGCUCCUCCUUGGAAUGAUAGCAACAUUGGUUGCUAUGGCAAUCCUGAUGGGUGUGGUCAAGCUUGCUCGUUUCAAACCUGAUAUCAGCUACCAGCAAGUCCCAAUCGAAUCCAUGGAAGGGAUUUAGAAAAAGGGCCAUAGAAUAGAAAAUGCUCUCUUACUCUAUCGAUAAUUGAUUUGAUAUCGAAACAGUACAUCCCACAAAGUUGUCCAAAUAGGGCCCCUUACUACAAUCAGCAAAAGAAAAAAAAGAGGGACACUCGCUAUCAUUAAUUUUUUCAUAUAAACUGUCAAUAAAAUAUAAUCCAAUAACACAACUUUGUCUAGAAUAUAACGUCCCUAAGGGUCUGUAAUCGGCCCUCAGUGUUUUAACAUGUACCUUCAGUUAGUGGUAGAUAUCUUAAUACAGAAAUACUAUGUCCCAAACCAUAUUUAUGCCGACAACAUCCAGACAUACUGCGCAUGUCAUCCAAACGUUCCCCUAAGCAUCAACAAUACACUGCGCGAACUACAACAGUGUAUGUCUGAUGUUCAGUUAUGGAUGUUGGCUAAUACACUGAACCUUAAUCAGGACAAGACAGAAUUCAUGAUUGCGGCAUCUCAAAAGUACCAUCAACAGUUACAGCAUGUCCCAUCUAAACCCUUUAUAGCCUGAGCUAUUUUGAAAUUGCAUAGCCUGGGGGGAGGGGGGGGGGGGGCUU